UGAGUUGGGGGAUGGAAGGAAAUGCAAUUUAAAUCGAAUGCACCUACAGCGUUUUUUCUGGGGUCGGGGAAUGAAUGAGUAACAGGCAGUGGUGAUCUUAGAGAUAUUUUCUGUUUCUGGAAAAUGAAAAGGGAGAGAGGAAGAGAUUUGGUUGAUCUACUGCUGAUCAAUUGCUGAGUAUUUUAUUUAAGAGGGCUUGUUUGUUUGUUUGUUUUUUGGUACACCGCUUCCUUGUGAUCGUGUGAAGCCAGAAGAGGCAAGGAAAAUAAGCUGAGGACAGAAAUAGAAGAGAUGGGACAUCCACAUGCUUAUUAAGUUCUGCUUUGCGAACGGCGGAAGAAGGUUGUCAAAUUGGCUGAAAGAGUGAGUUCUCAAUAACGUGUUACAUGGAACUAGCAUCAAGUUAGAAACCUGAUAAGGUGGGAACAACUCAUCUAAUGGAGUAGAAAAACCAAGUUAGAACUCUCAUGUUUUGAGGAGAUACAGUUAUCAUCAGAUAUUCCCUGGCCUUAAUACCAAGGGAGAACUUUUCUUUUAAAGCAACUACAAGAAGGGGACACUACAAAAGCUGAUUCUGCUUGAGGCUGCUGUCCUGCUUUCUCUGCACUUUUCUAGUCUUAGUGGGUGAUGUUACAGCAUCUUUAACAUUCAGACCCUAAUACUCUACUAGUUAACAGGCAGGAACAUUUGAGAACAAUCAUGGAUGAUUAUGAUAUCAGGUCUGCUGCCAGCAUUUUGGCAUCUGUUAAAGAGCAAGAGGCUCGUUUCGAGCGGCUCACCCGUGCACUUGAAGAAGAGCGACGCAAUGUCUCCUUGCAGCUUGAACGUGCUAAUCAGCCCUCAGAACGAAUGAGCAUGUGCAACAUUGGCAAUGGUCAGCCACUGGCAACCGCAUGGCAGCAACUUGUCCUGCAGGAGCAAAGCCCCAGCAACCAAACAUCAAUAACAAUGAUGCAAGAGCCUCAGGAGAUGGUAGAGGAGACCGUUACUGUUGAGGAAGACCCGGGUACCCCUACUUCCCAUGUGUCUAUUGUGACUUCAGAAGAUGGAACCACAAGGAGAACUGAGACUAAGGUCACAAAAAUGGUCAAAACAGUCACCACUAGGACAGUACGCCAGGUCCCGCUGGGUCCCGAUGGCCUGCCGGUAAUGGACAGCUCCUCUCCUAUGGGCAGCUACACAGAUUCAAUAGACAGAAGAUACGUGAAGAAUGGUGAGCGUUACAUCACACCACAAGCUUCAUCCACGUUGACCAGAUCUUACAAUAGCUACGAUUCUUACCCUGACGGCCACGACAGCCAGUAUCGCCCUUUUAUCAGCCACGAUGGCUAUGGAGACCUAGCUGACAAUUAUGGCAGCUUGUCCCGUGGCAUCAACUACCGUCCUCGCUAUGCCUACAUGCCAGGAAACAGUUACCGGCCAGAGGAUGGUAGUUUCACCUUGCCAAGCAGGAGGGAUAACUAUGGUCCCAUCGCCCAGCCCCAAGUGCCAACAGGCAGCAACAUUGACUUGAAUCGCUCCCAGCCAGAACGUUUCCAGCCAGAGCCUUAUGGGUUGGAGGACGAUAACCGCAGCCUCGGGGUAGAUGAUGAAGGAUAUGAACUGGACCCAGAUUACUCCACAGUGAACCGAAGGACAUCUGCAGGGGUGCCAGAGAGGGGGAGACCUCACAAAGGAAGGGGCUACGAUGACCCUGUUGAGUCAGAGAUGGUUGAUGAGAGGAUCCCUUACCUUCAUGGUGGCUACGCAGCACCAUUAGCACAGCCAGAGAGAGGGAGCAUGGCCAGCAUCGAACGCCUGGGCAAGCGUUCCCCCUCCAUUGACAGCAUCCGCAAAGACCCCAGGUGGCGGGACCCUGACCUCCCUGAAGUGAUUGCCAUGCUCAGUCACCCCAUCGAUCCAGUCAAGUCCAACGCGGCAGCAUACUUGCAGCACCUGUGCUAUGAGAACGAUAAAAUAAAAAAGGAUGUGAGGCAUCUGAAAGGGAUUCCCAUCUUGGUGGGUCUGCUAGAUCACCCAAAGCCAGAAGUUCAUCGCAAAGCUUGUGGGGCUCUCAGAAACAUCUCUUACGGGAAGGAUAAUGAGAACAAGGUGGCUAUAAAGAACUGUGAUGGGAUCCCGGCACUGAUCAGGUUAUUGCGGAAGACAAACGACAUGGAAGUCAGAGAGCUCAUUACAGGCACUCUUUGGAACUUAUCAUCGUAUGAGCCCCUGAAGAUGGUGAUCAUUAACCAUGGCCUUCAGACACUGACAAAUGAGGUGAUUAUCCCCCAUUCCGGAUGGGAGAGUGAGCCGAAUGAGGACUCUAAGCCUCGGGAUGCUGAAUGGACCACGGUCUUCAAGAACACAUCUGGCUGCUUGCGGAAUGUAAGUUCAGAUGGCGCAGAAGCUCGGAGAAGACUAAGAGAGUGUGAUGGCUUAGUGGACGCUCUCCUUCAUGCUCUACAAUCUGCAGUUGGCAAGAAGGAUACAGAUAACAAGUCCGUGGAGAACUGUGUGUGCAUUAUGCGAAACCUUUCAUAUCACGUCCACAAAGAGGUCCCAGGAGCCGACAAGUACCAAGAGCUGGAUGCAAAUCAGCCUACCAGCACAGGAGGCUCUCAGAAGAAGAAGAAAGAGGACGCUGGCUGCUUUGGAGGGAAGAAAGCUAAAGAGGAGUGGUUCAAUCAAGGAAAGAAAAAUGGAGAUCUGGACAGGAACUUUGAUACACUUGAUUUGCCCAAGCGGUCCGAAGCAGCAAAAGGCUUUGAAUUGCUCUACCAGCCGGAGGUGGUCCGGCUCUACCUCUCGAUCCUCACUGAAAGCCAGAACUUCAACACUUUGGAAGCUGCAGCAGGGGCUUUGCAGAAUCUCAGUGCUGGAAACUGGACAUGGUCCACGUAUAUCCGUGCAACUGUACGAAAGGAGAGAGGCUUACCAGUCCUCGUUGAGCUUCUCCAGUCUGACUCUGACAAGGUUGUGAGAGCUGUGUCCAUUGCACUGAGGAAUCUCUCUAUGGAUCGUCGCAAUAAGGAUCUCAUAGGUAGUUAUGCCAUGGGUGAACUGGUAAGAAAUUUGCCUAGUAGGCAGCAGAGAUCCGCUAAAAACCUGGAAGAGGAUACAGUGGUUGCAGUCUUGAAUACCAUCCAUGAAAUCAUUACUGACAGUUCAGAAAAUGCAAGGUCCCUGAUCCAGACACAGGGCAUUCAGAAGCUGGUAGCUAUCAGCAAGUCAAGCCAGUCCCCCAGGGAAACAAAGGCAGCAUCUCAUGUUCUUCAGAUGGUUUGGACCUACAAAGAGCUACGAAAUGUCCUACAGAAGGAUGGAUGGAACAAAUCCCAUUUCCAGUCUGUCUCUGCAGCACCAAAGGGAUCCAAAGGUACAUCUGGCAAGUCUGGCUAUGAUGAUAGUACUCUGCCACUGGUGGAUAAAAGCCAAGAUAAUGAGAAGGCUGGAAGUCAUGAUAUGAUUCCUCUGGAUGAACUUGGUCCAGAUGGGUACUCCACCAUCGAUCACCGGGACAAAGAGCGCAAAUACAAGACCAAUGACAACAUAGGGGAUGCAUCAGAGAAAGAACCUUUAAAAAAUGACACAAAUAGGAAAAACAUUAACAGGAGUAACAGGGCUUCGGUGAAUCUGGUGGAUGCCCGUGACAUUAAACCCCAGCCUGUUGACUCCUGGGUCUAAUUUGCAUGCAUGGGCUAGAGUCCAACUACUUUUUUUUCUUUUUUCUUUUUUUUUUUUACUGAGGGGAAAAAACCAAUUUGAACCAACACAGAGGAUCUCAUUUAUCACCACUGCCAUUCAGAUUCGGAGGGCGCUGCAUCAGUGAACAGUCUGCAGAUUCUACGAGGGUGUGGGGAGAAAACAAACAACUGCCAUCAGCCAACCCCGGAGCACCAUGCCUUACAGCAAGACAAUUUGCUUUUUAAAACUCAAUUACAUUCCCACUAGACACAGCCACCUCCCUUUGCCUCCCUCCUCCAUCAAAGAAGAAAGAAUCCAAGCUUACAUCUAACCGGUUAGGUUCUUAGAUGAUUCUUACAUGAAAAUGGUGCCAAGGAUGAAAAGAGAAGGUCACGUGGUGGGAAAGAGGACAGCUUUGCAAGUGAAAGAGGAACUGCAGAAUAUUUGAAAUAUAUCUUAGGUAUAAUCAUGAGGAAACUAGCACUUUUUUCAUUUGUUUUUUGGGUUUUGUUUUGAACUGUGAAUUUAAUUUUUAAAAGAUUUUUAUAUUAGGGAGUUUGGGUUUUUUGGUUUUGAGCUUUUAUUUGUUUUUGUUUUUUUCACAAGAAAUGCAGGAAUGUUGAGUAGGUUUGUUGGAUUUUAAUGAAAGGAGAGAAACUAUUUACGCUGGUUGAACGGACUGGAACGCAGACAGCGAAGUUGAUGCGAGCUGUAUAAUCUGCUAUUAGAGUAAGCGAUAUCACACUGUGUUAUAUUAUCAUUAUAAUCUGGUGUACAAUACUUCUGCCUUUUGACUUCUGUAAUGGUUCUGGUUUUACUUCCACAUAUGUAAACAGUUUGUUGACGGUUUCAGUCCCAAUUCAGAAAUCUGUGCUGAGAAAUGGAGUUGGCUGCCUUUUAAUUUUUGUUGCUCACGAUGAUUGCAGUAAAGGAGUUGCUUCCCUCCCCCUCCCCCCAAGUGUUGAUGUUGGGUUAAUGAUUAUUUUAAUCUUUAACAUAAUUUUAUUUCCCAUAGCUGUUAACACACUGGGGAAGAAUGGAAGCUUCCUCAUUAGUGAGUUCCCAUUAGAACACACUGUAAUCUUCAGAUGGGUCCGCCCCUUAUAUUUUUGCUGAUAGACUCAGUUUCUGUUGGAUCCAUGCGUGUUUUGGGCUAUCGAGCCAGAUGAAAAGUGCUACAAAGGGAACUGAUAUAUUUUUUUAAAGAAAUCAUUAUCCUGGUUUUGUUUGUUUUUUGAGGUUGCACACUUAAGUAAGGGUCAAAUUCAGCCACUUGCUGAGGGUCUACUCAGAGCCACCUGGUAGGCCAUAGGCAGACUCUCUGCACAAGGGUGAAUUUUUGCCCCCCACGGUCACAUUUUACACAUACGCUAUCUGGUGAUGCUAUGUAUUAAAUGCAAAUCACUGAUUUCCUUUGGGUUUUGAUCCAGUGAGGGAGAAGGGUGAAAACAAGAAUCAAAUCUCUUUCCUAGCAUUGGAUGGAUGCCUUUUACUUACUUUGUUUAGUUAUCAUUGUCAUUUGGUUGCCAUGUUUACACCUACAAGUUCUUAAAUACAGUGUGACUGGAAAGCACAUUUUUGAAUCAAGCAGACUUAAUUUGGGGAUUUCAGUGCCUGCCAUUUCCUUUGUAUAUUAAAAAUGAAAAAAAAAACCCAACAAAAAACAAAA